AAAAGAUAUGGAAAACAAUGAUAAUGUUUUGGGAGGAUGCAUUCUUGCCUUUUUCAUCCUACUAAUUCUGCUUUAUUGGUUUUUGUGCAAAUGUGUUAUCAUCGUCGCGCAAGGAACCGCAGUUAUUGUGGAACGAUUUGGAAGGUUUUAUAAAAAGGCAGGCAGAGACGAUGUACACUUAUUUCUAGUGUGAUGCUGGAUACCAUGUCCUUAUUCCUUUUGUGGAUGUUCCGAGAAAGGUUAUUUGGAGAACCUUCCUCGUGGACGGUUCUUCCUCCGGCUUUUACCAGGAAACCUUCUCUUACAAUUUGGACCUGCGCCAGACCAUUUUUGAUCUCCCUAUUCAACAAAUUAUCACUCGCGAUAAUGUGA